AUGCCCCCAGUGAUACCGGUGCAUGUGCUGCUGCUUUGGCUGAGCGUCCCCAGGCUGGUGUGGGGCACAGAGCGCGCCUCGACCCGGGAGCGCUUCAAGGUGGUCAUCGCACCUCUGGUGUGCAAGCGCAUCUGUCUGAAAGGCCAGUGUCAGGAUACCUGCGAACAGGGCAACAACACCACAUUAAUAGCGGAGAAUGGCCAGGCGGCGGACACGCUCAUUGGACAGGGCUUUAGGGUCGUGGUCUGUCCUCUCACUUGUUUGAAUGGAGGCGUGUGCAGUUCGAGGAAGCACUGCCUCUGUCCCCCUGGCUUCACAGGACGUCUCUGCCAGUUCCCUCUCCAGCAAACGCAUCAUGCCCAGGCGGCGCGGGGCAAUAAGCAGCCGGUCUACCCCACAUCACUGAAACCAGACAGUCAGAAAUAUGGGGACGAGGCGGUUAUUGGGAGGACACAAAUGACACAAACACAUUCAGUAUUUACUCUGCCCAUCGCACCAGCCGGACACCCCUCAUCUGAAGUUCAGAUAAAUUUCCGGGUUCACCACACGCCUGGGACCUCAGUCGUCAUUCACCCUAUGGACCAAGCAGAAACCAAGCCUCCAGUGAAGGCGAGUUCCACCAGAGAACUACCUUCAAGACACAAACCAAAGGGCCGAUGUUUCCAAGAGACCACGCCCAAACAAGCUUGCAAUAGUACACCUCUUCCUGUAUUGACCAAUCAGGAAGACUGCUGUGGCACCGUGGGGAACUCCUGGGGACAGAACAAGUGUUACCAGUGCCCCAAAUUACCAAAUGCAUCAGUCAAGCAAAAUAUUGUUGAAGAGUAUGGUUCUACAUGCCCACAGGGUUAUAAAAGAUUUAACCGCACUCACUGUCAAGACAUAAACGAGUGCACAUUUCAAGGCGUGUGUCAGAAUGGGGACUGCCUGAACACUCUUGGCAGCUUCAAAUGUUCCUGUAAAGCUGGAUUUGUGCUGGAGGGGAGUGUGUGCGUGGAGUCUCCGGCAGAGCAAGGCAAGUGCUUCUUGAUGGUGUCAGAGUCCCGCGGCUGUGAGCACGCUCUUCCCAAUGACCUGGCACUGGAAAUCUGUUGCUGCACCGUGGGAAAGGCCUGGGGUCGCAACUGUGAGAGGUGCCCCCAAGUGGGCACAGCUGCAUUCAAUAAGAUCUGCCCUGCUGGGAAAGGGUAUUUCAUUCAAAACACUAGAGAAACCUGGGUUUAUAACAUGCCUAUUAUUAGGCCUGACAAUGAAGAACAUAAAUGGCCGGAAACAAUUCAGCCUACUCCAACUAGCUCCAAUACUCCACGUGUCCCUGUUGUGAAACCUACUCCUCCGACCAUUGUCAGACUCACUCCAGGGAAUGACCCCUUCGAAACACAAACCAAAGUCUCACCAGACGCAGAUGAGUGCAAGCUGAGCAGGAACAUUUGUGGUCACGGAGAGUGUGAGAACAGCCUGAACGGCCACAUCUGUCACUGUCACCCGGGCUACCAUCUUAACCCUCUGAGAAACAUCUGCGAGGAUUUUAAUGAAUGUGCCUCCAAACCCUGCGGUCACGGUUAUUGUAUCAAUGUGGAAGGAAGCUACAAAUGUCACUGUCGCCAGGGUUACAAACACAUGGUCCAGCACGGCCACCUCAAGUGUGUAGAUGUGAAUGAGUGUCUGCGACCCGACAUCUGUGGAGUGGGGGGCAAAUGUGUGAACGUGCUUGGCUCCUAUGAAUGUGAAUGUCAAAGCGGCUUUAGGAGCAAGUCCCCCCGCCAUCCUGCCUGUGAAGAUAUAAAUGAGUGUUUGAGUCCAGACACCUGUCCCACCGAACAGUGCGAGAACAGCCCAGGAUCCUAUGAGUGCGUGCCCUGUCUGCCGGGACAUGAGGCCAAAGGGGGCAUCUGUUAUGAUGUAAAUGAGUGUCAGAAACCUGGCAUCUGUCCUAAUGGUCGAUGUGAAAACCUCCCUGGGACAUACCGCUGUUUGUGUAAUGAGGGUUUCCUUCCAUCUGCGGACAGCAAAGGAUGCAGUGAUAUCAACGAGUGUGAGGAUUCUCGACUCUGCGCCUAUGGCCGUUGCAUCAAUACAGAGGGCUCGUUCCAGUGCCAGUGCUACCCUGGGUAUCAGCGCACACAGGAAGGCAGCCACUGUGAAGAUAUUAAUGAGUGUGAGCGACCGUCGAACUGUCAGAGGGGACACUGCAUUAACAGUAUGGGUUCAUAUCACUGCGAAUGCCCCAAAGGAUUUACUCUGGUGGGAGGCAGGAGAUGCCAAGACAUAGAUGAGUGUGCUGCAGACCGGAGCUUGUGCCAGCCUUUCGGAGUCUGUGAGAACAGACCUGGCUCCUUUGUCUGUGUGUGCAAUCACGGAUAUGUCCUGUCAGAAGACAAGCACAGCUGCGAGGCAGUCCGAGUGGUGACAGAUGAGAAGAAAGAGUGCUAUCUGAACUUGGAUGACACAGUGUUCUGUGAUAGUGUUUUGGCCACAAAUGUCACCAAACAGGAGUGCUGCUGCUCAAUUGGGGUUGGCUGGGGUGACCACUGUGAGAUCUACCCCUGCCCUGUGUCUCAUUCAGCGGAGUUCCACUUUUUAUGCCCCAAUGGUCAAGGUCUCUACUUUGAAGAAGGACUCCAGUACAGUUUACCUGUUUAUCAUGAUAUUGAUGAGUGUGCUCUGUUUGCUGAGGAAAUCUGUAAAAAGGGUCGCUGUGAGAACACACUGCCUGGAUAUGAAUGCUAUUGUCAACAAGGGUUUUACUACGACAGCAAUCUCCUUGAAUGCAUUGACGUGAAUGAAUGCCAUGAUGAGUCCCUCUGUACAAACGGUCGCUGCGUCAACACUGAUGGAUCAUUCUUCUGCAACUGUAACCUGCCCUGGACUCCUGAUUCUAGCAAGAAAAACUGUGUCCUUAAAGCAGUAGCAGAUUUGAACGAAUGUCAAGAUUCGGCCAACUGUAAGAAUGGUCACUGUGUAGACACUCCGGGUUCGUACUACUGCAUCUGCUCUCCCCCCUGGACCCUGGCCACGGACCGCAACAGCUGUGUGACCCCCGAAGAGCAGGCUGAUGUGAAUGAGUGCCAGGACCCCUCGUACUGUAAGAAUGGGAGGUGUGAGAACACGCCAGGCUCCUUUCACUGUUUUUGUGACCCUCCCUUCACCUUCAGUGCUGCUCAGAAACAGUGCGUCUAUGACGAUCGCACAGCGGCACACAAAGACGUGUGUUUCCUCCAGGUGGAUGAGGGUUUGAUCUGCAGUGAACCCCGGAACGGGAUGGUCACAUAUUCCGAGUGCUGCUGUCAUUAUGGCCGCGGGUGGGGUCCCGAGUGCAACACCUGCCCCCAGCGACACUCAGAGAUGUUCAAUCGCCUCUGUGAGAUGCAUCUGGAAACGGAGUCCGACGGAGAGCAGGACUUUUUGGCAGCUUUUGCCAACUACAACCCAGGAGACAGUUCUGAGGAAGACUCUGAUGAAUGUAGUUGUGCAAAUGGGCGCUGUGUUCGUUCAUAUCUUGGUACCAUGUGUGAAUGUAACUCCGGCUUCAGGCUAGACCACUCCCGCACUCGCUGUACAGACAUUGAUGAGUGCGGUGAGCCUGUCCGGCUCAGUCCAUGCAAAAACGCACGCUGUGUGAACACUGUUGGCUCGUUCAAGUGCUACUGCAAACAUGGUUUUGUGCCGACGCGACGACCCAACACCUGCAUGCGCCGAAGGAGCCGGUAA